AUUUUCUGUUCUGGAAGAAGUGCCCUGGAGGUCCUGGGAAGACUUUUAAGAAAGUGCAGAAGGUAGAGGAAAGGGGCCUUUUAAGCUUUUCUGGCCCUAAAUGGCUGCAGAAUCAAGAAAGCCUUCUUCGGCCCCAUCUCCACCAGACCAGGUUCCUGAAGAGGAUCUUGUCAUUGUCAAGAUAGAGGAGGAUCAUGGAUGGGAUGAGGAAACUAGUGUGCAUGAAAAUAAUACUCCUGGCCAAGAACUGUUCCGCCUACGCUUCAGGCAGCUAUGCUACCAGGAGACAUUAGGACCCCGGGAAGCUCUGAUACAGCUCCGUGCACUUUGCCAUCAGUGGCUGCGGCCAGACUUGAACAGCAAGGAGCAGAUCCUGGAGCUGCUGGUGCUGGAGCAGUUCCUGACCAUCCUGCCUGCGGAGCUACAGACUCUGGUUAAGGAACACCAAUUAGAAAAUGGAGAGGAGGUGGUGACCCUGUUGGAGGACUUGGAAAGGCAGAUUAAUAUCCUAAGACAACCAGUCUCAGCUCGUACACAUGGGCACAGAGUACACUGGGAGGAAGUCAUAUCUUCAGAAGCUGCACCAGAACCUCCAAGUACUCAACUCCAACCUGUGGCAACCAAGCAUAAAUCUCCAGUGCCCCAGAAGCCACAGGACAGUGGAGAGAGACCAGAUUUCACUUAUAAGGCCAUGUCUACUUCUCAGAGUCCUACUCCUUCCCAGAAAGGAAGUUCUGGAGAUCAGGAGGUGACAGCUAGACUUCUCACUGCAGGGUUCCAGACUUUGGAAAAGAUUGAAGACAUGGCUGUGUCUCUUAUUCGAGAGGAGUGGCUUCUUGAUCCAUCACAGAAGGAUCUGAAUAGAGAUAACAGGCCUGAGAAAUACAGAAACAUGUUCUCCCUGGAUGGUGACACCAGGAGUGAGAACAAGGAAUUAUUUUCAAAACAGGUAAUAUCUUCUGGAAUCCAGCCACGUGGACAAACAGCUGCUAAGUGCAACGGGGAUGUUAUUGUGGGUCUUGCACAUGGAGAAACCCGAGACCUUCUGGGCAGAUUAGAAAGGCAGCAGGGAACUUCCACACAAGAGAGACGGCAUAAAUGUGACGAAUGUGGGAAAAGCUUUGCUCAGAACUCAGGCCUUGUUCGCCAUUGGAGAAUACACACUGGAGAGAAACCCUAUCAGUGUAAUGUGUGUAGUAAAGCUUUCAGUUACAGGUCAGCCCUUCUUUCCCAUCAGGAUAUCCACAACAAAGUGAAGCGCUAUCACUGCAAGGAAUGUGGUAAGGCCUUCAGUCAGAACACAGGUCUGAUCCUACACCAGAGAAUCCACACUGGGGAGAAGCCCUAUCAGUGUAAUCAGUGUGGGAAGGCCUUUAGUCAGAGUGCAGGCCUUAUUUUGCACCAGAGAAUCCACAGUGGAGAGAGACCGUAUGAAUGUAAUGAAUGUGGAAAAGCUUUCAGUCAUAGUUCACACCUCAUUGGACAUCAGAGAAUUCACACUGGGGAGAAACCCUAUGAGUGUGAUGAGUGUGGGAAAACCUUCAGGCGCAGCUCACAUCUUAUUGGCCAUCAAAGAAGCCAUACUGGGGAGAAACCCUACAAAUGCAAUGAGUGUGGGAGGGCCUUCAGUCAGAAAUCAGGCCUUAUUGAACAUCAGAGAAUCCAUACUGGAGAAAGACCCUAUAAGUGUAAAGAAUGUGGAAAAGCUUUCAAUGGGAACACUGGUCUCAUUCAGCAUCUAAGAAUACAUACAGGGGAGAAGCCCUAUCAAUGCAAUGAGUGUGGGAAAGCCUUUAUUCAGAGAUCGAGCCUCAUUAGACAUCAGAGAAUCCACACUGGAGAAAAGCCUGAAACCACAGGAGUUUAGGAAAAGCUUUGGUUGUCAUUUGAGCAUUAUUCAGCAGUAGAGAAACCCUGUCGGAGUGGAAAAGUCUAGUGAAAAAAGGCAAAAUCUGUAGUGAUGACAAAGCUAAGAAGAGCAUUUCAGUAGUUUGAGCCCAAUCCCUGAUACUAUUGAUUAGCUUGACUGUCUUUGGAGGCAUCUGGUGAAGCAGAGCCCCAGCAGCUUAAUAUAUUCUUCAGAACUUUAAAAUAAAAGCAAUUGCUUGUUGUGACUUAAAGCACUAUUAUUUUGUCUUUCCCAAGAGUAGUUGGAAGUUUGAGAAGAGCCACUCCUCUAAGCUUCUCUUCCCAUUUCCUGUGGUCCCUUUUCAUCAUCCCUCUGAAGGUACCCUUGUAAAUGCUAAUCUAAGAAGCUGCUGGGGCUCUGCCUUGAGUCCAAGGCAACCUCAGUGAGACUAAGAUUUGUAUUUAGUUUUCUGAUACCCUAGUUAGAGGGAAAUUGUCAGACAUUUAACAUAUUAUUCUAAUACUCUUAGAUGAUAGAAAUCCAUAUUCUUCUACAAACUCAAUGCUAUAUUGUUAACAGCACUGUAGCAUUUCUCUUUAUUUAGCACCUUUAUUGACUCCAUUGAGUUCCUGAGCAUCUGUACAUAUCCUUCACCUCCCCCAGUCUCGGGUAUCUGUGUCAACAAAGGAAGUGGAUACAUUAGUGAUAAUGGUGGGAGUGAUGCAAACAAAGAGGUAAAUGGAGAUUCAGCCUGGCUAUUCUUGAGCAUAGACGUUUUUACCUCAAGGUGACUUCUGACUCUCCUUCACCUUCCCACUCUACACUGGUUUGAAAAAUAUUUGCACUGUCAAAGCUUUGGCACCACAUAGGAGACAAAGGUGCUAGAAAAAGACAUUAAAAAUCCUUACAAAGAAUGUGCAUCAUCCCUUUUGACCCAUUACAAUACUGCUCUCAGGUUCCUAUCUAUAUAAACUUGCUGAGUAUAUGGUCAGUCUAGACUGACCUCAGAUGGCCUCUGCAGCUCCAUAAUCAUCUUCCAUCUGUUUCCUUCCAUUUGCAUACCUUUAGUAUUCACAGUGGUAAUCUGUCAAAUACCUCACCUCUGAUUCCUCAUUCUGAAUUCUGGUAUACUCCAUCAGUCAUCUAACAACGAAGAUAGAUUAUUACACUCAUUGUCACUAGGCCCUAUAUUUCACCACUAAGGCUUUUAGUAUAACAUAGGCUAUUGUGUAAGGUAAUGAGACUGGUUUUAAAAUAACACACCAGAUCGUGUAUAUCAAAAAUAUAGUGUCCUUUUCAGAUGAAUUCUAGUAGUGCUACUAGACCUCCAAAUAUGAGGAACAUUCUUAGAAUUCUCAUAUAGUGAAGAGCAAGAAAACCAUCUAUUAUAUUUCACGUUUGGCUAUUUGAUUAGACAGUGGACUUGGAGUUUAAUAACUUUUGCGUUGCAACAUUAAUCCUCACACUUAAAAAGAUUCCAUUAAUCUUACUCCAAAGACACAUAAGUAGGUUAUGAUGAAAUCUCCAAGAAAACAAUUUUGCAUUAUGACUAUCUUGAAAAGGAUCAUCUUAGUUUCUUUGGUUAACUCUCUCAGACUAGUUCUUUCUAUUAUUAUUUAUUUUCUUAUCCUCCUUUCUGUUUGCUUCCUUCCUGUUCAGUAUAGAACCAUUCCUAACUCUGCUCUAACACUACUGCUGAGCCAUCUCCCCAGCCUCAGUUGUUUGAGUUGUGCCUUAUCUUCCCUAGAUGACAGGCUUUCUGUGCAGGUCAGUGCUACCUUGUGUGCAGACGUUGCAUAGGAUGAGUACCUUGUGAGAGAAGCUUGGUGUCUGUGUGUGCAAAUACGAAUGCCCACUCUUGCCAUACACUUUUAUGGAGCACCUGCCUUCAUUUCCAGUAAAUUCCAGUAAAUUUGUAUCCACAACGAUAUGAAACAGAUUACUUCAGUCUAAGAACUACUAAGCAUCUCAAAGAAGUCCAAAGAAAAAAAAAUAUGGUUAGGAAGAUUAAUUAUCUUUGCAAAAGUACAUAGAAGUCAUUUUUAGUCUUGAUUUACCAAGCAUUAAUCUGUAUUACAUUAUUUAGAGCUCUUAACUAUCAGUGACAUUCAUUAGGCUUUUAUCCUAUAGAGUCUUUUUUUUUUUUUUUGCUUUGAACUGAAAUGAAUUGUUCACCAGUACUUUCUUGUACCAUCCUCAGCUGCUCAUUUUAGGAUCUGGCAUGAUAAAGCAGUUCUUUCCUAACUCACUUGCCAUCAAAGUACCACUGGAAGAAACCUCUGAGGUUUCAAAGUGAUUCUCCAUCGGGCCAUAGGUAUUCAAGAAUGUGAUGAUUGAUUCCAACAUGGACCAGUAUAGCUUUGCUCUUGUUUCUACAUCUCCAGAAUUACAGAUUUUGUUUCAUCUGUUUUGUUUUGUUUUGUUUUGAGCAGUUGCUGUGAGCCAAACCCUAACUUAAACAUUUAUCCUACUUAAAAGCUAAUACCACUUUAUACCCCAUUUAUAGAUGAUAGAAACAGAAGCUUAGAGAACUAACCAAUAUCACAUAGCCAGCAAAUGAUAAGAUUCUAACUACAGCCUGGAGCUAGAGCCUGUGAUGACCACACUGCUAUGCUACCAACACUGACUAAACUCUGGCCUGCCAAAUGAAACCAUGUACCCCUGGUCAUAAGAGAUACUUGGUAAAAUAGUACACAAUAGUAUAGUGUGGAUUCAUUGAAAUUACUAGAAAAUUGGUUUUAAAAUACUGUUUGGGGUGAGAACAUCUUUAGAUGUCGAUAGUCUUGAUUUUUUUAGUACAAGAAAGGUAAAUUUUUGUCUAUAAAUGUGCUUAAAGGAGUAACUAGGAGGGUAAAGAGGUAACAACUUACUGACUCAAACACAUUUCUCUAUAGACUGCAUAAGGGGAAGAAAAGUGAGUAGAUUCCACGCUAGGCAGAUGGGCAAUUAGGGUGGCAGUAGUAAGUUCAUCCACAGUGAGAAACCCUUCAAUCUUCUUGUGCAUUUCCUAUCACCAUUCUGUAUGUCUUGUGUUUUUGUUGAUUUUUCAAAGUUUUUAUUCAUUUAACCCAUUUCUGCUGGCUGUCAUAGUCAACAUUCCACUAAAAUGUGUGUAGAAUAGCCACUGUAUAGAUUAAGGCCUUUAUUAUUGUGGUUGUCCUUCUUAAUCUCUUAUAUUUCAUUAUGUUGAAUUUUCCCAUAUGUGAUGGCUAUUCGUGGUUGGCAUUUUGAGUAUUACCAGAUUCGUGGGUCUUUUGUGGUUCGACAGCCAUUGUUGGACUAACUGGACCACAGCCUGUAAGCCAUUCUAAUAAAACCCCUUUAUAUAUUUUUUUCA